AUGCUCGAACACGCUUACGACUACGAAAACGUCAUAGGGUAUAAAUAUCAAGUCCCUCCCCUUCUAGCUCAUUCCUGGAUUUGUUCUGAGGUCUUUGUCUGAAGAGUGGCCGUCGAGGACUUUGAACAACCUAACUCAUAUCUUAAAUUUUUUUCUUCAAGUAAUGGACAUUUGAUACUAUUUUUGCCUCCAGUUUGUUCCAGAGGGAAAAGCUAGCUUUUAGCUGCCACAACCCCGCCCAUAAAAGCAGUUCAGCCAUAAGAUUGUUAACGUUAUAAAACCAUGAAGGUUAACGAUAUAAAACUGAUGUAACAAGAGAUCUGUUGCUGUAAAGCACACUAUAAGAGUAUAUAUAGCAACCCGAGACGCUGAGGAGAGGUAUUUAUAAGCAGAAAUGGCCGUGGGCCCAGUGGACCCCAGAGAGGUCCUGAAGGGAGUAGAGAACCUACUGGGGAAAGAUGGAGAGCUCCGUAGCCUGGAGGGGGUACCCAAAGUCUUCAGUCUCAUGAAGGCAUCUAACAAGAUGGUGAGCCGGUGCAUGUACCUGAACAUCCUACUGCAGACCAAGUCCCAUGAUAUUCUCAAUCGGUUUAUCCGGGUGGGAGGCUACAAGUUGCUGAACGCGUGGCUCACCUACUCCAAGACGAGCACCAACACCCCUCUGCUGCAGCUCAUCCUGCUGACACUGCAGAAACUCCCCCUCACCGUAGACCACCUGAAGCAGAACAACACUGCCAAGCUGGUCAAGCAGCUCAGCAAGAGCGGAGAGACUGAGGAGCUGAGGAAGCUGGCCGCUGUGCUGGUGGACGGCUGGAUGGCCAUCAUCCGCUCCCAGAGUGUCUCGGCCAGCUCGCCUUCAGAUAAAAAGCGAAAGAAGGAGGAAGGGAAAGUGCCUGUCCGAGAUGUGAAGGCUGCUGAUGGGGGGAAGGCGGCUGCGGCGGCUGAGGAGGAGAAGAAGAGGGACAAGCCCAAAGCUCACGCCCCUAGUCACGCUAAGAUUCGCUCCAUAGGCCUGGAGAUGGACACUCCUGCCCCUGCCCCAGUUAAGAAGCCCCCAGUGGCCCUCCAGUUGGGGGACAAGUACAACAUCAAACCAGCCCAGGUCAUCAAGAGACCCAGUUUGGGUCCUCUGGAUGCCCCCCCUGUGGAGAAGAAGUAUAAACCGCUCAACACCACACCCAACCAGACCAAGGAGAUCAAGGUGAAGAUCAUCCCGGCACAACCUCUUGAGGGAACAGGCUUCCUGGAUGCCCUGAACUCUGCUCCAGUGCCGGGCAUCAAGAUCAAGAAAAAGAAGGGGAGGGAAGGCCGAGACCCCAAAGCUGUUUCUCCCACCUCAAACAAGCCUUGUCCGUUUGACAGUAAACCCUCCUACCCGUCGUCGCAGGGUGGGGCCAAGCCCACCUCCCCGGAGACCCAGACUGCCUCCACCACCCCUCCCCACGAGGUCCCGGUGGACCUGGAUCAGCCCGGAACCCCGGUGCCAGCGGAUGACCCGGAGGCCAUGGACACGAGCUGCGAGAAGCCCAACGCCCUGGCCGAGCCCCGCGGCGACGACGAGUCUCAGUUGACCAAGAAAGGCAAGAAGAAGAAGAGCGUGCGCUGGGCCGAGGAGGAGCAGCUCAAAGAGUACUUCUACUUCGACCUCGACGAGACCGAGAGAGUCAACGUCAACAAGGUGAAGGACUUCGGCGAGGCGGCCAAACGCGAGAUGAUGAUGGACCGACAGACGUUUGAGAUGGCGCGGCGCCUGUCCCACGACUCCAUGGAGGAGCGCGUGCCCUGGAGUCCCCCACGGCCCCUGGCCCUCACGGGCACCCUGGUCAACGUCGGGGCCAACAGCACGGAGAGGCUCACGCAGAGGGACCGCGAGACGGGCAUCCUGCAGGAGAUCUUCCUCACCAAGGAGAGUGUUCCAGACAGUCCCCACGAACCCGAUCCGGAACCUUAUGAGCCCAUGCCUCCCCGCCUCAUACCCCUGGAUGAGGACUCCACCAUGAUGGACGACGGCUACAUGGAGCCCAUGGACACAUCGUCCCAGCCCGGCUCCAGCGUGGGGCCCGUGGGGGCGGAGGGCUCCAAGCUGCCCCCCAUCCUGGCCAACCUGAUGGGCAACCUGGGGGCCAACAAUCUGCUGGGAAACCUGGGUAACCUGGGCAACAGCGGGCCUAGCCCCCAAGCCCAGGGCGCCCCCAGCGCGCCGGCCACCCCCUCUGUCAACGUGCAGGAGCUGCUCACCUCCAUCAUGGGGGCCACUGGGGGCCAGUCUACUGAGGACCUGAUCAAACAGCCUGACUUCUCUGAUAAGAUCAAACAGCUGCUGGGCUCUUUACAGCAGACCCAGAACCAGGGCUCCUCUGCUGGACCUCCGCCAGGAGUCAAUCAGGGGCUGCUGGGUCACGGUCCAGGCAUGAACAACAUGAACAACAUGAACAACAUGAACAUGGGCAUGCCCAUGAACGGAGGGGGGUACCCCCCGGCCGGCAAACCCCCAGGCCCCGGGGGCCCCCACUACAACCACCCCCCGCCCCCACAUAACCACGGCCCCCCCGGCUUCAACGCCAAUCCCCGAAUGAUGGGCCCGCCGCCUCCCCAGGGCCGCGGCGGAGAGAACGGAGGCAACUACUGGGGGGAGGACUCCAUGAGGGGAGGCCCACACCGGGGCGGAGGGGGCCACUUCCACCGCGGGGGCCGAGGGAGAGGCGGGGAACAGGGGGGCUUCAGGGCCAGGGGCGGGGGGGGCCCCAGAGGAGGACAUAACAACAUGGGAGAUAUGUCCAAGAGGCCGGUGUGUCGCCACUUCAUGAUGAAGGGAAACUGCCGCUACGAGAGCAACUGUGCUUUUUACCACCCGGGCAUCAACGGUCCCCCACUUCCCCCCAACCACCCGGCCCACAACCAGUACAACGACCACGGGCCCCAACACGGCCACUAGGCCCAGCCUGGAGAAACUGCGUGGGCACUGACGCGACCACUACCCUCUAUCCACCACUACGCGGCAGGACUCUGAGUUCAUGAGCUGCUGGUUUGGAUUCACUACUGGAACUGAGACAGGCAGGCCAGAGGGGCCUUGUGAAGGACCCGGCUGUCUAACGGACGUGAGAGGCUUGGGACUUGUUCUGCCUCGCCAGCUGCUCUGCUCCGGUCAUCUCGGUGGGAUGCUUUUGCAGGCCUGUUGGAAGAAACAGGUGGUGUUUUCUUUGCUGUCCUCCCCCUCUGUGGCCAGGACCUUAAUAAGAAAACUGACCAGUAGGAGAGGACACAGGAGGUGGAGGGCGGGGAGUAACACCUGUCAUUCAUUUCUCUACUACUACUUCGUCUCUAACCCAAGAUGUCCGUCAAGAAUUUCUUGACCUCCUGCAACAAAACUAAAAUCUCAACCUGUGCGUUUAAACUCCUCUGUCAGGGAUGGAGGAAUAAUUUUUACGCGAGAGUAAACGAACACACCCGUCUGUGAGCGCACUCAUUUCCUGGAUGUGCUGAAGUCGACGGACUGCUCUAGCUGUUAGAUGAUCACUAAUAUGUUUAUAUAGAUGUUUUAUUGUGAUCAUUUUAAACCCAGUGACUUCAGGUUGAUGAAAAUAUACAGUAACACCCCCCCAUGACCACUAGGACACACUGUUGAUGUCCCGAAUCAGUCCUGUCCAACACUUAUCUCAGUCCACCCAGCUCAUAUUUAUCCCAUAAUUCAACAGCACUAACCUAUGAAUCUGUGGAAACAUCUCCAGAAUGUCUCAGUAUUAAGUCAGACUUGUUUAAGCUAAGUAGUCAUCCUUCCUUCCAUCAUUCUAAUCUGUAGUUGUAUAGAGUCACUCCAGGCCGACAUUGGCCUAUUUCACCAUGUUCCCCUGACAGACAGGAUCUGUAGCCAACUGUCAGCUAAGCACCGUCUUUCCCUUCUAAAUGAAUGUUGCUCUGUGUACAACUGUGGUUCCUUGGGUGUUCCAACUGUAGUCACAAAUACUUGGCUGAGUUCCAAUGUUCACUACACUGUUUUAAGACCUAUGACCAGGUGGCGCCUGCCACUUUCUACAGUUAAACCAGAAAAAAAUGAAUGUGAAGUUGACCAAAUAUUAGCGUAUUGUCAUUUUAGACAGUUUUUGUUUAACAAGUUCCCAAUAGGCAAGAGUUCAGAAGCACUUUACACCAAAAAGUAAAUAAUUAGGACCAAAUCCCAGUUUUGGGCAGACAGGCCCUGAUUGGAACCCUGACCUGCAGCAUUUCCCCUUAAGAACAAAUGAAUAAACUACUAUUAGAAUGAGAUUGGAACCAAACUGUCCCUUUAAAAAUGAUGACUAGGUACUGAGCAAUGCUACUUGAAUGCUACGUGUUGUUUCCAACCAGUUGACAUCAAUCUGUCUUUUACAGGAAAAAACAAUAGGAGAAAGCUUUGCUUGACUUGACUGAGGCUUUUACUAAGAAAGUUCCGUUAUAGUGAGAGUUUUCCUAUCUGAAGUUCAGGCCUAGUGAAAGCCUGUAUACCCGUGAUACAGUUCCACCAUGUAAAAGGUCCCACCUAAUAUAGCUAGGUGGAUUUUAUCUUCCCAUGUGACAAUCAUGUCUUUCAAAUGUCCCCCCAGAGGCCCAAUGACAAAAUUACACAGUCCCCUCGUAGUAGCUUCUUCUGCACAUGUCGGACAGUUAGAGAUACACACACACACACACACACACACACACACACACGCCUUUGUAUUAUCUUGUGUGUGUGGUUCAUGUAGGUGAUUUGUGUUCAGUCAGUGUUAAGUCCAAAAGGUAUAAAACUAAGAAUCUUUCUCUGGGUAAACUAUUUCAGAUUGUUUUCUGUGAAAACAGUGGCCUUUGUGUCUCUUGUGGGACUGUCAUUAUGUCAAAUUGUUUGCGGUUGGAUUUAUUAUUUAGCCUUUUUAUUUUGAUACAAUAUUGAGUUGGAUCUCUACAAAUUGAGGUCGACAUUUCUGUUAGGUGUUUGUUUUUGUGUGUCUGUGUACACAAACGCAAACAUACUCACAUUCAUACGCAUAUACAUAUCAGUAUGAGGUUUUUGUACAUGUAUUAAUAAAUGUCCUUAAAUAAA